AUGGGUGGAUCUACGAAGGUGAACCUGUUUUCUGCAGUGAUAUUUUCCUGGAAGCGGACGUGGAGGACCAUUCGAAUGCUCUUUCAGCCAGAGCAUCACGUGCUGCGAGGUUUCAUGAUCGCUUAUUUCUUUUUCAGUGACGGCUACAGCACCAUCAUCAAUGUGGGCAUCAUUUACGCGCAGACGGAGCUGAACAUAUCGACGAUGUGGCUUGGUGUCAUUCUGGUGGAGGUAGUCUUCUUCAAUAUGGUUGGGGUCCGCUUCUACCGCUGGCUCUUUGAGGAACGCUUUUCGAUGCGCCUGCAGCAAGCCCUGCUGAUUUUACUGUAUCAGUACAUCGCAAUUAGUGUCUUGGCGUUUCUCAUUUUGCAGUUCGGCCUGAUUCCUCUGUUUUUCUUCGGAUUUUCGCAUGGAAUGCUUCUCGGAGCGGUGAUGGCGACCACGCGAGCACUGUUCUCUUCCCUGGUGCCGCACGGUCUUGAGGCGCAGUUCUUUGCCCUGUACGCGAUCUCAGACAAGGGCAGCAGUUGGAUUGGUCCUUGUGUUGUAGCCGUGAUGUCACAGUUUGCGUCAGUACGCUACGGCAUUCUUUGGGUCGUCGUCGCUCUCGCAGUGGGUGCCUUCAUUCUGUGUCGCCUACCAUUGGAUGAAGUGUUGGCUCAAAAGAGAAAAUCACAGCGAACGUCUAGCUCAUAUACUAGGGAAAAUGCCGCUCCUGAUCAAGUGGGAUCAUCUUCAGCGGCAGAAUAAUGGUGAAAUAGAAACCCUCUCUUUGAUGUUGUUCUUCAAGAGCUUUAUUUCAAGAGGAUUCUUGUUCAGUUGUAGUCGUGGAUAGUUGCAGUUCUUAGUCUGAGUCUUUUUCCUCAAUUCUCUUACGGAUGCGCUGUAGAAAGCUGACACUAAAUUAAUAUUACCGCACGCUAGUUGUAGAAGUGUAAUAUUGCACAUGUAGUUUGUUACUUCUGCGCUUGCCUCUAGAUUUCGGUGGAUCCGUUCAAGACUUUUUUAAUGAUUUUCCGGCAAGUCUGUACAGGUGUAGUUUUGUUCGAAGCUCAAUGUAUCUUAUAAUAGUGUGGACAGAGAAAACGAAGCAUUAUUUACUUCUAAAAUUAGCUCAGCUUCAGCCGCUGCUGGACCUGGAGCCACCUCCCCUUUGUGUUUUGCAGGGAUUCGG